CAUCGAUAGUUUCUGCCAGCCCUAGUCUUAUAAUGUGCAUUUGUUUUUGUCCACAAAAAUUGUCUCUUCUGUUCGUACCGUUAAGACUUUAAUCGCAUUUUGAUAAUGCGAUCACGGUGAACGCCACGUAAAAUGCAGCCCAAAAGUUAACAACGUUUAUGUUCGUUCUGUAUUUUUGUUCAACAAAUAAACCACCACACAAGAGUCAAGUCAGCAAAAAGUGACCCAGACACACCAGCUGAUCCAAAGGCACCACAGCAGCAGACAGACAGACCAUCACACCUGCUACGAAUAAAGGGGAUUUAUUUACAAAACUGGCAUUUCUGGUGGAUCUGAACAUUGCCUGGAUACUAGAAUAACAUCAAUUUGAUUGAUAAUGGCCCUGUCCAGGAAUUUGGUAUCAAAGAUCUAUAACAUAAAGGCACACGAUGGUAAAGUCACCAGCCUCGAUCUUGGGGAAACGGGCCGUGUGCUGGUCACCGGUGGCGAGGAUCGCAAUGUCAAUCUCUGGGCCAUUGGCCAGAACGAGUGCUUUAUGUCCCUAACUGGCCAUAAUCGUUCCAUUGAUUGCGUACGGUUUGCAUACAAAGACAAUUUUGUUUACUCUGCCGAUGAUAUUGGCAUCAUACGACGAUGGGAUCUCAAUGCACAGAAGAUAUAUUCAACGCUCAAUGGGCAUAUGAAGAGUGUGCGCACCCUGGACUUUAAUCCCUCGGGGGAGUACGUGGUAUCUGGCAGCAAUGAUACCACCGUAAGACUUUGGGACGUUCAGAAUGAGAACAAUUGCAUUCGAGUGUGCCGGGGCCAUAUGUCGCAUGUGAACUCUGUUAAAUUCUCCCCUGACGGACUAUGGAUUGCUUCCGCUGGUCUGGAGGGAUCCAUUCUCAUCUGGGACAUACGGAAGAGCAAACAGAUCAUGGAGUUUAUAGCAGAGCCACCAGUCACGGCCAUCACAUGCAUACAGUUCCAUCCGUUUGAGUUCCUGCUCGCAGCUGGACGCAUCGAUGGCACCGUGUCCAUCUAUGAUCUGGAGCAUCAGCAGCUUGUCUCGCAGACCACACAUUUCUAUGGCCAGGCCAUCAGAUGCAUAACGUUCAGUGACAAUGGUGAAUGCCUCUUUGUGGGCAGUGUUUCGGGCAUCUCUGUCAUUGGCUGGGAGCCCGACCGUGAGCUGGACCACAUAAAGGGCUCCUGGUCCUCGCUGGGUGACAUGAAAGUGGUCAACAAUAAGCUGAUCUGUGGCUGUCAUGAAAUCGAUGCUGUGUCCAUUAAUACCAUAAGUCUGGACCGUGUGAUACCGUUCUAUCAGCCGCCGAAUACCCUGCCCAACUUCAAGCACAAUUCAACGAACCGAAAGAGCUUUACGCGCGGCAACCAAAAGUUUCGUUUGUCUUUGGGUGGUUCCAAGCCCGCCCAGGUCAAGGAGGAGCAAGAGCAUGACAAUAAAAGUCAGAAUUUCGAUGAUCUAUCAUCGCCAAAUCUGAGUCUGGAGGUUGUGAACGAGGCCGUAUUGGAAUCGACAGAGAUAUCGCCCAUUUCGUCGCUGCAGCAUCUGCCACAGCCCGGUCUAGUGGCACCUGGCGAGCACGUGCAUCCGUAUAGCCUCUACAGCUAUAGUAGCUACAGCGGUAUGGAUGUGGGCGGUUCCAGUUCCACCCGCCUCUUGCAGAUGAAUGGCCCCAGCUCGCUGCACACAGCGGAGAACUAUAACAAUAUUUAUCCGCUGGAGAAGGAGGAGGAGCCCGAGGCUGAGGCCGAGGCCGAGGUGGAUGUGCAGCAUUUGGAGUACAAUCUGAACGAGAGCAAUGCACCGAUACUCUCCAAUUAUGAUAACUACGAGAUGGCCGAGGACUUUCCAGUCAAUCAGAACUUGAACUAUUUGGUCAGUAGCUAUAAGGCAGUGCCGCCCGCCUCCUCCACGAUCAAUGCCUCGUCCAAGUCGAUCAAAAAAACCACCACCAAUCUGCACAAGCGAAGCACGGGCAUCAGCAACACCAAACAGUCAUCGACGGCCAUUUUCGGCAGCAAUAAGCUGAGCCAAGUGUCGUCGGUUAGCUCGAUGGAGCUGCACAAGCUGGACGACAAUAUGAUACUCAAGAAAUCGUCCUCCUCGAAUGUGGUCAACAAGAACAAACGGUCGAUGGUGGCGACCACGCAGAGCCAGUUCUACAAGGAGAAUAGCCAGCAGAAGAAUAUCAAUGUGGAGAUAAUCACAAAGCCGCCAAUGAGGUCACGCACCACCCUAGACAUGCGUAUAUCGCAUCAAAACAAAACUCAGGAAAAGCAUACACACGUGAGUGAUCUCCAAAAAAAAAGGUUUCAGCAUGCCAUAUUGAUUGAUUCCCUCUUGCAGCAGCCACUUAACAAUCAUCGCAUCAUAGCAGAUGAUCACAAUGAUUUUGAUUUCCUCUCAAGAUCACACGAGGCUGUGCUACAGGAAUUGAGCAAUCGCCAGACCAGCCUGGAUUUGCUACGACACUCCACAAGGUCGCAUGAUGUUUUGGGCGCCUUGAAGCAAGCUAGGAAUACCGGAAGAUCGAUCUUUAUAGAUCUGCUGGGAGCCAUCCUAGAGAAACCGUCCUCUUGGAACUUGGAUUUCUGCAUAUUCGUUUUGCCAGAGAUAUUUGAACUUUUGCAAAGUCAACACAAGUUCCACUUUACCAGAGCCUGUGAUACAUUGCGUAUCAUUUUGUCAAACUUCUUGCCAACCAUACAGGAGAACCUCGACCCGUGGGCGGCCAAUGGCUUGGGCGUGGAUGUGACGCGGGAGGAUCGCCAGAGGAAGUGCGCCGAAUGCCAGCGAUGGCUGUUGCAGAUCAAGAACCUGCCCGAAAGCAUUCACUUUGGGGGCACGCUGUCACAAUUGCAGAAUAUAAUUGUUUUUUAAAACAUUGCAUGCAUAUCUGUAGACUGUAAAUUGUCCACGGGGUUCAGAUUAGAUCCAGACUCUUGAACGAUUAUCACCCACUGUGCAGGUACAGACAGCUUCCUUUUCUUUUUUUUUCGGGGGAGUGGCCUCAUUUGUCGCUCUAAGCUGCCAAAAAAAAACUAUAAACAAAAAACAUUUUAAACACACAAUCGAUUCAGGAGAAGCAGCCGCUUCCGAACCCUGUUUGUUUAGCAUUAACAAAAACCCUUAGUCAUUAAAUGAUUUACACUAUUAAUUCGUUAUUGAAACUAAUUUAUAUAAUUAUUAUUUACACAUACCACCUAAGCCUUAUAAAUUUCAAAAGUGUGCAACAAAA